GAAUCAUGUCUGAAUUGAUAUAGUUAGUCGCCAUCCAUGUCCGUGUGAAGUGCACCUUUUCACUUUACUCAUCCUCCUUCCAUUCCCUUCCCAUUACUGCUUCAACUUCUACUUGUUCAAUCAACAUCAAUGAUCUACGCCACCGUAAAUGUACACCUCUGAUCUCCCCAUUUCCUCUUUCUGAUGAUGGAGUCGUGUGAUUGUAUCGAUACACAGUGGCCACCGGAUGAGCUUCUUGUGAAAUAUCAGUAUAUAUCAGAUGUGCUAAUUGCGCUUGCAUACUUUUCCAUUCCUGUGGAGCUCAUCUAUUUUGUUCACAAAUCUGCUUUCUUCCCCUAUAGAUGGGUGCUCAUGCAGUUUGGGGCUUUCAUUGUUCUUUGUGGAGCAACUCACUUCAUAAACCUGUGGACAUUCUCCAUGCACUCCAAGGUUGUUGCUGUGGUAAUGACAAUUGCCAAGGUCUCGUGUGCUGUUGUGUCUUGUGCCACCGCGCUGAUGCUUGUGCACAUUAUCCCUGACCUGUUGAGUGUCAAGACUCGCGAGUUGUUUCUUAAGAAUAAGGCAGAGGAGCUUGAUAGGGAGAUGGGGCUUAUUCUUACACAAGAAGAAACAGGAAGGCAUGUUAGAAUGUUGACCCAUGAAAUUAGGAGCACACUUGACAGACAUACCAUUCUCAAGACUACCCUUGUUGAGCUGGGUAGGACUUUGAGUUUGGAGGAAUGUGCUCUGUGGAUGCCAUCAAGAACUAGUUUGAAUCUUCAACUAUCACAUACUCUGAGCUGCCAGGGACAGGUUGGAUCUACUGUGCCAACAAAUCUUCCCAUUGUCAAUGAAGUCUUUAGUAGUCCUCGAGCAACACGAAUACCACACACCAGCCCUCUGGCCAGGAUCAAACCUCUUGUGGGAAGAUAUGUGUCACCUGAGAUUGUUGCUGUUCGGGUGCCUCUUUUGCAUCUCUCAAAUUUCCAAAUUAAUGAUUGGCCUGAUCAUUCAGGAAAAAGCUAUGCGAUCUUGGUUUUGAUUCUCCCAACUGACUGUGCUAGAAAAUGGCGAGAACAUGAGUUGGAACUUGUUGAUGUUGUUGCAGAUCAGGUUGCUGUUGCACUUUCACAUGCUGCUAUUUUGGAGGAGUCUAUGCGAGCCCGUGAUCAACUCAUAGAGCAGAAUGUUGCUUUAGAUGUAGCUAGACAGGAGGCAGAAAUGGCAAUUCGCGCUCGCAAUGAUUUUCUUGCAGUAAUGAACCAUGAAAUGAGGACACCAAUGCAUGCAAUUAUAGCGUUGUCUUCACUUCUCCUGGAGACCGAGCUUACUCCAGAGCUGAGAGUUAUGAUAGAGACAGUAUUAAAGAGUAGUAACAUUUUGGCAACAUUAAUCAAUGAUGUUCUUGAUCUUUCUAAACUGGAAGAUGGUAACCUUGAAUUAGAAAUGGGAAAAUUCAGCCUUCAUGGAGUUUUGGAAGAGGUUGUUAAUCUGAUAAAGCCUAUAGCAUCCGUGAAGAAAUUGCCUAUAACAUUAAUUCUGGCCCCUGAUCUACCUAUUUUUGCUAUUGGUGAUGAAAAACGACUUGUGCAAAUUCUCUUAAAUGUAGUGGGCAAUGCUGUUAAAUUCACCAAAGAGGGCCAUGUUUCUGUAAGAGCAUCUGUUGCAAAACCAGAAUCUUUACAGGAUUGGCGACCCCCCGAGUUUUAUCCGGCAUCUAAUGAUGGGCAUUUCUAUAUGCGAGUACAGAUUAAGGAUUCUGGAUGUGGCAUUUUACCACAAGACAUUCCACAUCUCUUUACCAAAUUUGCUCAUUCUCGGAGCGGACCCACUCGACCUAGCAGUGGUGCCGGUCUUGGCCUUGCCAUAAGUAGAAGAUUUGUAAAUCUCAUGGGAGGUCACAUAUGGAUUGAGAGUGAGGGUCUUGAUCAAGGAACCACAGUUACAUUUAUUGUCAAACUUGGGAUUUGUGGCAAUUCAGAUUCGUUGGGACACCAACUAACUAACAGAGGUCAAGCAUACAGCGGAAGUGGAGACCUCAUCGGAUUUAGACCCGUUCUCAAAGACAAUGAUGUCCUACGUUUUUCUAAUCGACGCUACCAAAGAAGUCUUUGAAAUCCAAAACACCAAAAUUGCAUCUAUGGAAUUGGAUCAGGUGAUUUUGUUUCGCCUUUGAUACCAAAAUGGUCCUUUUCUAUCACAGUCGAUUGUGUUGUGCAUAUAAUUAUCAUUUUGCAUGUGCCAGAUUGUAUAAUUUGCAGUUUGUAGAUGUAGAUUAGGAUUGUUAACGUUGGGCAUUUCAAACAGACAAGAUCCUAUGUGAAGUCAUGUAAUUUUAAUUAGUGUGAGAUAAAGAGAAACAGAAAUGAAUCUCCAUUAUUUAUUUCGACUUCAAUUGGUGCCCGGCUUUUGGUAUAUGGAGAUGACACUUUCACAAGAACAACUUUGUUCUAUCUGUAUGAAUUAGUAUAAAUAAAUAAACGAGACAGUUCCUUUGUGGGUGG